ACAGACUAUUAGUGAAUAAGUGCCUUGCCUCUUCCUUAAGCAAACAGACCUCCCUUUAAAACCUAUGUCUAUAUCUAUAUCUACGCAUCUUUUCACGCGAACGCAACUAAUUCCGUUAAUCUAUGUCACAGAACCCUGUCCGUCCAACAAUUCCGGUCAAUCGGAGAAUCAAACCUCCUCAUCCAUCACCGUCUACUCACAGACUUCACCGUGUUCGUCGAUCGUCGAACAAAAAACCGAAAUUUAUCAAGCGAUACAACUCCGAGCCUACUUUAUUGACCGCUGGAAUUCCUAUCGACAGUCCUGGUGUCGGGGAUGAUAAUCCGGAUUUGACUCCGCCAGGUGAUAAUUGGCUGCUGUUUCAGAGUCGGAUUUCAACGAAAAUAUUCUCGUCUUCUCCAGAGUUGCUGCCUUAUUCGCCUGAAAAAAAUGUGGGCUACAACAAAGAAGCAAAAGUCGCAAUCAAGGUAACGGUUGAGGGAAGCGUUGGACCAAUCCGAGCUCUGGUAAAGUUGGGUUCGAGUGUUGACGAGACAAUAAAGCUUGUCAUGAAAAAAUACAACAAGGAGAGGAGGUCCCCUCGACUUGAUCAAGAUGACUUGACUUCCUUUGAGUUACACCACUCAAACUUUAGUCUUCAGUGUUUGGAUAAAUCAAAUAUUAUCGGAGAGAUUGGGAGUAGAAGUUUCUAUUUGCGUAAGAGUGUCAACAAUGGACAUAUGUGUUCUAACUCCUCCAUUGGUUCGAUGAUUGUUGUGGCUGAGUCAAACGACGCUCCAUAUACAUGUUCGAAUAUUUUCUGUAUAGGUUUUAUACAUGAAGGAUUAAAAAAACUUAUAAAAAAAACACGUAAGAUUCGGAGGUUCCUUGGUUGUUUUGGUGGGUGAUUUUGAAGGCUUCCCUUAGACAAUCAUCGCAGAGACAAGUAUAUGUACAUACGAGUGUAUAAAGAUUGCUAUGCGUAUAGUUGAUGAAUAUUUUACACAAAUGUAUAAUGAGUUAGUUGUUAAGUGUGAUUGUUUAUACUAUGUUAAAUACAUACGUGCAUUUUUCUA